AUGCAAGCUGGACAUGUAUUGUUAGGAAGACCAUGGCAGUGGGAUAGAGAAACUAAGCAUGAUGGUAGAACUAAUAUGUAUACAUUCAUGCAUGAUAAGCGUAAGAUAAGCUUAGCACCUCUCACACCAGAACAAGUCCAUGAAAUUCAUUUGCAAAUGGUUAAAGAGAAAGAGAAGUAUGUUAAAUCUAACUUUCUUAUCCGGCCUAGCUGUGUAAGAAAGGCUGCUGCUACCAAACACACAAUGCUACUUAUGAUCUUUAAGGAGCUUUUGAGUUCAGGUUAUGAUGAGUUAACUCUUCACCCAGAGAUUACUAAGCUUCUUGACAGGUUCAAAGAUGUGUUCCCAGAAGAGAUUCCACACGGUUUACCCCCACUCCAAGGCAUUGAGCACCACAUAGACUUCAUACCAGGAUCUGCUUUGCCAAACAAACCAGCUUAUAGGGUGAACCCGGAAGAGACCAAAGAAUUGGAGAGGCAAGUUCAGGACCUACUGGACAAAGGAUACGUGAGGGAGAGCCUCAGUCCCUGUGCUGUACCAGUCUUACUUGUACCAAAGAAAGAUGGAACAUGGAGAAUGUGUGGAGACUGUCGAGCCAUCAACAACAUCACCAUCAA